CUAAAACGAUUUAAUAUAUUUGUUGUUAUAAAAAAAAUAUGUUGUAGAAACUUGAUACUUUCAUCAGUAGUUGAGAUAAAUAAGUUACAAUUUAAAUAUAGAUAAUAAUAUUAAUAUAAUACAAAUAUAAUAUAUAUGAUAUAUCCUAGACUGACAAAUCAUCUCCAUUCUGAAUCGUUUUUCGUAGGUACAUAAUAAUACCAGUCAUUGCAUUCAAAUUUAACACAUCCAUUAUAGUGACCUACUCUUCAGUCUUCACCACUACUAGCUCUACUAUACAGCAGACCCACUUGCCCACCCUUUUUAAUUUCUUUAUUACCUAAUAUUUCAAUUUUUAGUUUCAGUUAAAUUUGAAGUAAAAAAAAUACUAAAAAUAUCUUAUUUAAUAUUUUUAAUUCAUAUUAGAAUAUUGAGUUUAAAUAAUAUUAAGAUUUUAAGUUUAUUUAAUUUUUCUCCCCUUUUUUUAAAACAAUUAGUUUAAUUCAGAUGAAAAUAAUUUUCACUUUUCCGACUGAAAAUCAAAUAUUGCCGAGUGGGGAAGGGGCGAUCGGGUCGUCCCCGAACAAUCAUUAUCUCAAAAAGUACCUAUUCACUUUUUUCUAAUUUAUUUUUUUCAAAAUUUCAAAUCUAUACUGUUCUACAAUUAUCUAAUUGUUUAAUAAUUUUCACCCUUAUAUUUAUUAGGUAAACCACCAGCAACUUUUAAUUUUCAAAUGGCAAUCCAUACUAAAAAUGUCAUAAUUUAGUAAGGCUUUUUUACUUAUGAAUUAUCACAUUUAAAUUUUCAUUUUUCGUUAAUUCGUUGACGAGAUAGAGCCCCUCAAAGUUGGGUGGUUUUUGUGUGUAAAUAUGUUAUACCUAGUCAGUACCAAAGGCCGCAGCAAUUGGGAUUUUUGUGUUCCAGCGUAAAAGAUAAUACAUACUACAAAGAUAAUAGAUAGUGAUAGACUAAUAUAUUUCAUACGAUCUUGUACUACCUAUCAAAUAUCUAAAUGCACGCCUAUGUCAGUGAUACUCGUUCUAGUGAUUUCUACUGUAUAUUGUUUCAUAAGUGUAAACUAUAAAUUUUUUCACACUAUUUACACUAAUAAUUUAUUAAUAUUAGUUAAAUAUAAACUUCAAACUAAUAAAUUAAUUUUUUUCCAGGGCCUUUUACUAAUCACUAUUUUUGUUUGAUUAUGUGUUGUUGCUGCUGCUCAGAUGAUUCAUGAACAAACAUUAUCUUGUAAUUAACGAAUUAUCACAAGAGUCCUUUUACCAAUUGUUUUGUCGUGUGAACUAAACAUGGAACAAGCUGUUGCAGAAGAACCAAUUAAUCAAAAGUCAUCAUUUGAUUUCACGUUUAAAACAAAAUCAAAAGAAAUUAAUGACAUGUUAAUCAGUAUUGAAAACAACCAAACUGAUAAUUUUCAUGAUAUUUUACAAAAAAUUAAUGUACUUCAAAAGAUUUUAAAUGAUUCCAAAACAUUUCUACCAGCUUAUCAUAUGAAAAAGUGUUCUGAUGAAAUCAAAGACAUUACUAAGCGUUAUGAACAAUUGCAUGUAAAAUUACAGCCUAAGAAGAAAUUAGCUUUUGAUGAAAAACCAACUACAUCAGCAGUAGUUAAAGAUGAAGACAAAUUUGGACCAGUAAAUCAACUUAAAGUUUAUAAAGAAGACUGUGGAUUUAAAAAUCGUUCUGAUGAAAUGAAUUUAAUGCUAACGGAACAAGAAUGUUAUAUGAAAAAUGUAGCUUUAGAUACAUUGACUAAUUGUCUUGUUGUCAUAUGUGGUACACCUCGUACUGUGCGUGCGACAUCAUUGACAGACUGUUAUGUUUAUGUAUGUGCAAAAACGUCGAUUUUUAUUGAGAACUGUAAGGGUUUGAUAUUUAUGUGUGCAUCUCAACAGUUGCAUAUACACGAUACUUUCAAUACUAGUUUUUAUAUUUACGUUAGUAAAAACACUAUAAUAAAAAACUCUAAACAGUUACGAUUUGCUCCUCUUUCAUUAAAAUCUGCACUACUUAAAAAAGCAUUUAGAAUGGCUAAUUUUGAUGAAUUCAGAAACAAAUGGAAAAUUGUAAAUGAUUUAGAUUGGUUGUCAUCUUGUGAACCAUCACCAAAUUGGUGUGAAAUACCAGAAGAAGAACGCCAACAACCUAAAGAAGAAACUAAGUUAUUGCUCAUCUAUCCUCAUUUGUUGAAUAUGGAAGGCGGAUUAUACCCAAGAUUAUACAAUGAUUGUGGACUAGUAGUUGACACGUUUGAUUUACCAUAUUAAUAGUUAUUUUUUUUUAUCUACAGAUAUCUUUUUUAAUAGUUUUAAUUAAUUUUUUUUACUAUUUAAAAUAAAAUCUAAGAGAAAGAAAAUGCACUGCAUUGUAAUAUUAGUUUUUAAGAUAAAUAUAAAAAAAAAUUAACAACAUAUUUCCAACUAAUUUAAAUUUUAUUUUAUUUACAAACAACUUUUUUUUUAAACUUAAUUUUUAUUUCUAAAUAAUUUUAAUUAUAUUUUUUACUACUUAAAAUAAAAACUAAGGGAUAGAAAAUGUACUGCAUUGUAAUAUUAGGUUUUAAGAUAUAUAUAAAUAAAAAUUUACAAUAUAUUUCGGCUGAAUUCAUAAUCACAUUGUAUUCAUUUUUAAUUUUGUAAAACUAAUUAAACAAAAUUACUACAUUUUAUUUUAUUUUUAAAUCUAUGGGUUAUUGUUAAAAAUCUAAUAACCUGUAAAAUUAAUAAUAUGUAAACAAUGUAAUCGAAUCACUAUUAUAUAAGACACAAAUAUUGUUUAUCAUUGAAAUAUUGAUAUGCUGGUAUGACCUAUCAUGUGUAUUGGCAUGUGUCUGUAUGACAUUAAUAUAUUAUUAAAUCAUUGAAAUAAAGUAUUA